UCCAGAAGCAGUGCAGAAGCGAUGCCAUUAGUUUAUGGAUGUUUAAUUCUUGUAUUAAGAAUUUAGAUUACUAAGGGACGAUUGUAAGUGCCGAAUGACUAUUACAUAAUAUUAUUUAAUGAAAUCACCCCUCUUGUUUCUUUAAAAAAAAAAAAAAAAACCAAAAAAACCUCAAUACUUUUCCUCCUCACGACUGCUAAAUAUAAUUUGAGAGAGGAGACGCCGCUGGUACUCCGAUCCGCCAUCACAGUAGAGCAGCGGCCACAUCACCCGUCUGAAUCUGAUUUGUAGGUGAACUUAUUUAUUUCGAAGACAUGGCUUCAGUUUCUGGUAAAGAAAAGAAAGAGAGGGAGAGAAUACUUUCUAGAAAAGGAACAACUGUAAAUCCAACAAAGCCGCCUGAAUUUGGUGCACCUAAUCCUCUAGAUUACGUAGAACAAUCCCUCUAUGAAUCAUUUAAGGAUUCUGAGAAAGAAUUUCAAGAUCCACUCUAUGAUGAACAGCAAAAGAAAGAGAGAAUGGAUAAAGGGAUUGACGGUCAUCGUGUGCAUAUUAGAUCUGAACCAGUGAUUGAGGUUCUUUCUGUGAGUCUCUGCAACCUAAACCAAAACGAUUGCACUUUGAACGCCAGCAACAAAGACGCAUGGGAGAUCUAUGGUACUGUUUAUGUCCAUGAUGGUAUGGAUCAUAUGGGUAUAGGCAGCAACCGUAUUGUUUUUUUUCAUCGAGAGGAGGAUGUUGAUGACCCGGAGAUCAUCCCUUUGGUUGGUGGUGCCUUAAGCCUAACUGGGCCUGAUAGUGUUAUGUCAAUGGUUAAACCAGUUAUUGGCAUACAUUUAUCAGACAAGCUUACAGGUGAAACCCUCAUUUUUAACUAUGCUCCUUUGCUCAAGACUACGGAUACGGCCGGACAACAUCAUCAGUUAGAACAAUUCCACAAAAUUACUGUUCCUGGUACUGCUUGUAGUGCUGAGGUGGAGUAUCUUGGUCUAACAUUUGGUGUUUAUGCCCAUGUCAAGGUCCAACUCGCUAAGCAACAAGUUGUGAGAAGUGUAAGCUAUGAAGAGGAUGAGGAAGAUGAGGAAUAUCUUGAUAUUUAUGGCACAAUUUCUGCUGCAUAUAAUCUUUAUUAUUCAGAAAACAAAGUUGAUUGCAUUAAUCUUUUUGAAAUCAAGGAGGAUUCUGACAAGUCUGAAAAGGUGAGAAUUAGGUUUCCUGUUACUGAAAUUACACUGUCCAGAUCUGUGGUUGCUGUGCCUGCGUAUUCACUUCUCACAAUUCAAAUGAAAUUAUGGGAUCGUGCUAAAAAUGAGUUAAUUGUUGAGGGCAGCUAUGACUUUGAAACGUGUAACUAUCCUACAAAUAUGAUUAUUGUUGGCCAAAAUUGUAUAGAUGCUAAAGUGACUAUUCAUUGGAGGGAACCAUUUCGUCUGGAUGAACCACUUAUCAAACAGCAUGAAUUUGACCCUCAGGAAUCCCUCUCUAUCCUGGUAAAUCCUAACUCACCAAGUAUUCCAGUAUUUCCUGUAGCAGAGGUGUUUUCUGUAUUUAUCGGUCGCCAAAAUGAGGAGCAGUUGAAUCUCUAUGGCAUGGUUAACUUUUGCAGCACCUAUGGCGUAUUUAAUCUCUUCAAAAGAGACAAAACUGAUCCUGUUAUCUUAUCCCCUGGCUGCAAUUUAUUACCUCUAAAAGGCCCUGGAGAUGCUCUCAUACCAGGGGACAGUUUUUAUGUGUCAGUAGACCUUGAGGAUGUUGAGGGUCGUGUGUCGAUCAAAGGGCUAGCUCACUCGAGUGUUGGAAUUGAUAAACAUUUGAGUUUUUGGCAUGAUUGCCUCUUGUGCUCAGUUAUAAGAAGUGUGCAAGAGCAUAGCUUUGCGGCUAUACAUUACACGGUCUUCUCUCAUGCAUUGAAGGCUACACUAAAGAUUCGUUUCCUUUUCAAUGGUGAACAUUCUACUCAAGCUUGUUGCAAAAUUUAUGGUAAUCUUGUUGUUAGCUAUGGUGAAUAUGGGUACGAAACGCCUUAUGAGAAAUUAUAUCAUCGGAUUGUGCUUUUUGAGAGGCUAGAAGAAGAUGUUUUAGAAGUUCCAUGCAAGGAUUUUGAUAUGGAGCUGCUUAGACCCGUUGUUGCUGUUCCACAUGAUUCCUUCUUGCGUAUUGCAAUAAAUUUGAGUUGUCAAUCAAGUGGUCUUACACAACUCUUGAGGGACACUAAGGAAUUUCAUGUUGGUAGUGGUGUUAAUGGUUUGAUCAUUGAAGGAGAUCAAGUUGGCAUCAACAUCACUAUUGAAUGGAGUUGUGCGGACUUUGAGGUAAAAAUGCAAGAGACAAUGGCAAAUUUUAGCGAAAAGGAGUGUGAGGCUAACUCAUUGUCUGAGAAACUUAAGAUUCUUGAAGAUAAGGUACAGAGUUAUGAAGAACAGGUGGGUGAAGCAGCUUUGAAGGCUGCAUCUCUAACAGAAGAAUUGCAUCAGAGUGCUGCUAAGGUAUAUUCCUUAGAAAGCUCUAAUGAAGAACUUAAAAAGAUGAUUGAGGAAGCUGAGGGUAAAGUGGCACAAUCUCUUUCAGAGAAGGAACUUUUGGUGGAAACAAACUCGCAGCUGAUGAACAAGGUUGAUAAGCUUCAGGAAUUUCUUAAUUCGGCUGAUGCAGAAAAAGAAGCCACUUCUCUUCAACUUGCCUCUCACAUGAAUACUAUCACCGAGUUAACUGAGCAACACUCGAGAUCUUUUAAGCAGCACUCUGCUGCUGAAGCUCGUCAUUCGCAGGCUGAGGAACAGUUGAAGGAAACAAGUGGUAGACUAGCUGAGAAAGAGAAGGAAGUCGAGGAGUUGGGUGCACGGUUGAGUACCCUUGAAAGCCAAGUGAAAGCAUAUGAGGAGGAGGCUCGUGAAGCAUCUGGGAUAGCCGAGUCUAGAAAGGUGGAAAUAGAACAGUUAAAGGAGAUUGUUGCUACAUUAGAUGAUAAAGAGGCCGAAAUCAAGGAACUCAGUGAAAAACUUGUAGCUCUUGAAGGCCAAGUAAAAAAGUAUGAAGAGGAGGCUCAUGAAGCAGAGGGAAUUGCCGAAUCAAACAAAGUUGAAAUUAGAGAGAUGGCUGACAAAUUAUCUCAGAAAGAGCUUGAAGUUACAGAAUUGAAGGAGAAACUUGCUUCCCUUGAAGGCCAGGUAAAGGUUCAUGAAGAAGAGGCCGGUCAAGUAUCUGGGAUAGCUGAAUCUAGAAAAGUUCAAAUUGAAGACCUGGUUGAAAAAUUAAGUCAGAAGGAGAUUGAAGUAAAGGAGUUGAAUGAAAAGCUUACUUCCCUUGAAGAGCAGCUGACAGUACAUAAAGAAGCAGCUCUUGAAGCUUCUGGGAUCGCUGAAUCAAGAAAAUCUGAAAUUGAACAGUUGCAAGUAUCAGUUGAGGCAUUGGCCCAAAAAGAGUUAGAGAUCAAGGAUUUGAACGAAAAGAUAAGCUCUCUUGAAGACCAGCUGAAGAAACACCAAGAAGAGGCUCUAGAGGUUUCAGGGAUUGUUGAGUCUAGAAAAGUUGAAAUCGAAGACUUGACUGAAAAAUUAGGACAAAAGGAAAUGGAAGUAAAGGAAUUGAACGAAAAGGUUAUUUCUCUUGAAGGGCAAGUAACAGUACACCAGGAUUCAGCUCGUGAAGCCUCUGGGAUCGCUGAAUCAAGAAAAGCUGAGAUUGAACAGCUGCAGGUUACAGUUGAGACAUUAGCUCAAAGGGAGUUGGAGAUCAAGGAGUUAAAUGAAAAGUUAAGUUCCCUCGAAGACCAGCUGAAGAAGUACCAGGAAGAGGCCCUUGAGGUGUCAGGGAUCGCUGAAUCUCGAAAACUGGAAGUUGAAGAUUUGCUUUUGAAAUUACAGGAGCAGGCAAAAUUGGCUGAUGAACGGCAGGCUCAGUUGGGGCUAGUUGAGACACGUAAUGAGGCCUUGGCUGAGGCUAAUAUGAAGCUCACUCAGGAUCUGGCUUUGGCUGAGACUGAACAAAGUGAUCUCCAAGCUAAAUUAUCACAUGCUCUUGAUGAGAAGGAAGAUAUUGCUGCAAAAUGUUUCUUAUCAGACAAGGCGAAUGAGGAGUUACGCCAGGAGCUAACUUCUGAAAAGGAAAGGCUUCAGUCUGAGAUAUCUGCAGUUUUAAAGGAGAGCAGCCAGCUUCAUGAAACCAUUAAAGAACAUCAAGCUGUUGUGGUCCAACUAGAAGAGCAGCUGAAAGAAUAUAGAGGAAAAGAAGAUGCUUCAAAGGCCGAGAUUGACAAUCUAAAGGUUGAAAUAACUGAGAAAUCUGCCCUGCAAGCAAGGUUGAAAGAACUUGAAGAGCAAUAUCAGGCAACCGAGGCUCAAUUGAAAGAAGAGGUUAAAAAUCUCCAAACAUCUGCUACCACGAGAGAGGUUGAUUUGACUUCUCAGUUGGAACAUCAUGUGCAAAAACUCCAAGAUCGAGAUUUAUUGAAUGAAAGGGUUUUGAAACUAAAUGAAGAGCUGCAGCUUGCAGAGGCCAAUUUAACUAAGCUGAAAGAGGAAAGUUCAGCAAAGGUCUCUGAAUUGGAAGCUGCCAAGAGUCGUACUUCUGAAGAGCUUGAUGCCAAAAAUAAAGAAAUCAUGCUUCUUGGAAAGAAAAUUGAGGAAUUCGAGCAAAAACUCCAGAAGGUUGUAGCAGCAUCUAAACAAAAGGUCGAUGAAAGCAACGCUGAUACCAAAGAGGGCGAAACAGAAGUGAGGUCCAGAGAUAUCGGAUCAAUGAUUUCUAGCCCGACAAAGCGUAAGAGCAAGAAAUCAGAAAAAUUGUCUGCACAAACCUCACCAUCAUCCUCAGUGGUUCAGACUCCAACAGCCGAAGCUUCUUCCAGCAUGAACAUCAAGUUUAUCCUGGGAGUUGCACUGGUGUCCAUAGUUCUUGGUGUGAUCCUAGGGAAAAGAUAUUAACUUUAGCUUUAUUACCUGAUUGAGUUGUGGCUUUAUUUAUUCAAGUUUGGUGAAUUGAUAUUAUUUUGCAGUAAGUUGUUUAUAUAACUCAAGUCUUCAAAUUGGUGGCUGUUAAGCUUUAGUUUAAUGUCCACCAAGAAGCAGUUUUUGGUCAUGUAAUUAUUACUUGGUUAUUUAAUGGUGGUGAUUUUCUUUUAUAUUAUUA